AUGGAGAACCAAGUGCUGGUGAUUCGCAUCAAGAUUCCCAACAGUGGAGCGGUGGACUGGACGGUGCACUCGGGGCCGCAGCUCCUCUUCAGGGAUGUGCUGGAUGUGAUAGGCCAGGUUCUGCCUGAAGCAACAACCACAGCAUUUGAAUAUGAAGAUGAAGAUGGUGAUCGAAUUACAGUGAGAAGUGAUGAAGAAAUGAAAGCAAUGCUGUCAUAUUAUUAUUCUACAAUAAUGGAACAACAAGUAAAUGGACAGUUAAUAGAGCCUCUGCAGAUAUUUCCAAGAGCCUGCAAGCCUCCUGGGGAACGGAACAUACAUGGCCUGAAGGUGAAUACCCGGGCUGGACCCUCUCAACAUAGCAGCCCAGCAGUCUCAGAUUCACUUCCAAGCAAUAGCUUAAAGAAGUCUUCUGCCGAACUGAAAAAAAUAUUAGCCAAUGGCCAGAUGAAUGAACAAGACAUACGGUAUCGAGACACUCUUGGUCAUGGCAACGGUGGCACAGUCUACAAAGCAUAUCAUGUCCCAAGUGGGAAAAUACUAGCUGUAAAGGUCAUACUACUAGAUAUUACACUGGAACUGCAGAAGCAAAUUAUGUCUGAAUUGGAAAUUCUUUAUAAGUGUGAUUCAUCAUAUAUCAUAGGGUUUUAUGGUGCAUUUUUCGUGGAGAACAGGAUUUCAAUAUGUACUGAAUUUAUGGAUGGAGGAUCUUUGGACGUAUAUAGAAAAAUUCCAGAACAUGUCCUUGGAAGAAUUGCAGUGGCGGUUGUUAAAGGCCUUACUUAUUUGUGGAGUUUAAAGAUUUUACAUAGAGAUGUGAAGCCCUCCAAUAUGCUAGUAAACACGAGAGGACAAGUCAAGCUGUGUGAUUUUGGAGUUAGCACUCAGCUGGUGAAUUCUAUAGCCAAGACGUAUGUUGGAACAAAUGCUUAUAUGGCGCCUGAAAGAAUUUCAGGGGAGCAGUAUGGAAUUCAUUCUGAUGUCUGGAGCUUAGGAAUCUCUUUCAUGGAGCUUGCUCUUGGGAGGUUUCCAUAUCCUCAGAUUCAGAAAAACCAGGGAUCUUUAAUGCCUCUCCAGCUUCUGCAGUGCAUUGUUGAUGAGGAUUCGCCCGUCCUUCCGGUUGGAGAGUUCUCCGAGCCGUUUGUACAUUUCAUCACUCAGUGCAUGCGAAAACAGCCAAAAGAAAGGCCAGCCCCUGAGGAACUGAUGGGCCACCCGUUCAUCGUGCAGUUCAACGAUGGAAAUGCCACCGUGGUGUCCAUGUGGGUGUGCAGGGCGCUGGAGGAGAGGCGGAGCCAGCAGGGCCCCCCCUGA